UAAUCUGUGCUGUCUUGGUAGGUUACUGAAAAAAAAAUUACCAACUGGAGAAUUGGAAUUUGGAGUCUUGGAGAUAGUGAAUUUAUAAUUUCCAUGUAAUAUAUUGACUUAAUUCGGUAGCCUUUAGUUAAUACAAAAUGGAUAAAAGAAAGCUUUCGACAGCAGGUGAUAGUCUCUAUCUUAUAUUGCAAGUACCUAAAACAGCAACGGCAGAUGAUGUCAAGAAAAGCUAUCGGAAAUUGGCGUUAAAGUAUCAUCCAGACAAAAAUCCAAACAAUCCUGAAGCUUCGGAUAAAUUCAAGGAAGUAAAUCGAGCUCAUACAAUAUUGAGCGAUGCCACCAAACGAAAUAUAUAUGAUAAUUACGGCUCUCUCGGUCUCUACAUUGCUGAACAAUUUGGAGAAGAAAACGUUAACGCCUAUUUUGUCGUCACAAGUCCUUGGUGCAAAGCCUUACUUGUUGUUUGCUGCAUUUUGACGGGUUGUUACUUCUGCUGCUGCUGCCUGUGCUGCUGCAAUUGCUGCUGCGGAAAAUGUAAACCACGACCUCCAGAAGAAUCUGGUGACUAUCACACUUUAGAACGAGAUGACUCGGAUGGCGUACAGCCAGUGACGAUGCAACCAAGCGCCGAAGGUCGUCCUGCCGGAGAUCAAGCCCCACCAAUAGCCAUGCCUGCACCACCAGCACCUGGCGCUUCUGAGAACACAGGCCUCAACACAGGAAGCAGUAUUCCAAAAUACACUUAAGUAAACAUAUGUAGGAGAAAAGAGGAACUGACUACUUAUAACCACCACAAAUACAACUUAUGUAAGAACUACCUAAUAUAGUUUUUUUUUUACCUAAGUAUUUUUUUGUAAACAAUUAUUUAACAUGUUUUUAUAUUUUCUUUUCAUUAUUUUUGUAUUAUUGAAAACAUUACGCUUUUAUUUAUUAUAUUCCCAAUUAUAUUUGCUUUUUUUAAUUAAAUCCCUUAUUGACAGAAAAAUUCAAUCAAUAAUAAUAAUUUUUAUUACAAUAAGAAAUCAACCAUUAAACAGUUUCUUAUACACACAAUAUAACUUAUCAUUAUUCAAAGUUAACUUUCAUUAUUAUUGGUAACUAAGUGGCUGUCAUUAAACUGAUUCACCCUAUCGUUUCGUACUAGUAAAUUCUGUAUCACAAUUGGAUAUCUAGUAUUCCUCGUCCUUAGAUGAAUUUGUACAAAAACUACGUACUAGAUUUUGUUCAAAGUCAAUCGAGUGUACAAUGUUUGAAUAAAUUUUAGCCUAAUGAUUGCUUCCCACUACUGUGUUUUGUGAUGAUAAUAAUAAUGAAAAGAACUCUUCUGCUUCACACGAAUCCAUCUGGUCAAAAUAAUAUAUUACUUAUAGUCAAAUUAGAGCAGCAUUCCCUUAUAACCUCGACAAAUUUCUCGGAAAUUUCACGUUCAAAAAGACAUUCCUUAAAAAUAAUUUUAAUACACAAUUUCCCGCCACAGCUGUAAAAACUUAUGUAUCCCUUUGUACUCAAAAUAAAAGGUAAAAUGAAAUUGA